GUGUUGGACCCAGUAGGGUACGUGAUAUGUUUGCUAUGGCCCGAAAGCAUGCCCCUUGCAUUUUGUUUAUUGAUGAAAUUGAUGCCGUUGGCCGUAAAAGAGGUGGUCGCAGCUUUGGAGGCCACUCUGAGCAAGAGAACACAUUGAACCAGCUUCUUGUUGAAAUGGAUGGCUUCAACACCACCACAAAUGUUGUAGUUCUGGCUGCUACCAAUCGUGUUGAUAUCCUGGAC